AUUCCGAGCAUGCAGAUUCUCUGUAACGCAUGCGCAACCUUUUCGCUUCGACGGGAAGUGACUGGGGAACGCUGGCGGGCCUCUACUCGUUUAAGCGCUGCAGAAGAGUCUUUUAGAAAUAACUAUUCCAGGCGAUGGAGGGCGGCCGUGCGGACGGGGAGGUGGAGCAGGCGGCCUCCGAGGCGAAGGAGCGGCCGCGCGUCCACUCGGCGGAGGGAAGCGGGCCGCGGCAAGACCUGGAGGAGCAGCAGAAACGGCUUUGCUUGGAGUUUGCCUCCAUCAGUAAUAGUGGCGCAGCCGCGGCUGAGCGCUACUUGGCCGAGAACGGCUGGGAUAUGCAGAAGGCGCUGAAUUCGUUCUUUGACUCCUCUCCUGAGCAAGAUGUCAACAGGAUGCCUCACCCAGUUCCCGCCACAGGGGCUCCUGUUGAGCUAGCUGAUCAUUCAACUACCAGUACUGUAGCUGCUGCAGUGGAAGCUGCAGGCAUCUACCCACAAGAUGACAGCACUUUUUCUUUAAUUACUUGGAAUAUUGAUGGCCUGGAUUCAAAUAAUCUGCAAGAAAGGGCACGGGGAGUCUGUUCCUAUCUAGCUUUAUACAGCCCAGAUGUGGUGUUUUUACAAGAGGUUAUUCCUGUAUAUUUAAGUUACCUCCAGAAGAGAGCAGUCAGUUACACAAUUAUUCCAGGUAAUACGGAUGGUUAUUUUACCGCCAUCAUGCUAAAAAAAUCAAGAGUAAAAGUUUUAAAACAUGAAAUAACAGCUUUUCCUACAACCUCUAUGAUGAGAAAUUUAUUAGCAGUAUAUGUAAACAUUUCUGGCAAUGACCUGUGCCUUAUGACUUCCCACUUGGAGAGUACUAAGGAUCACAGUGAGGAACGUUUAAAACAGUUGAAACUGGUGCUUGCCAAAAUGGCGGAGGUACCCGAGUCAAGUUCUGUGAUUUUUGGAGGUGAUACAAACUUAAGAGACAAAGAGGUUGCUAAAAUGGGUGGCUUACCUAACAAUAUUUUGGAUAUUUGGGAGUUCUUGGGCAAGCCUGAACAUUGCCACUACACAUGGGAUACAAGCCAAAACAAUAAUUUGAAUGCAAAGUACAAGUGCAAAAGUCGGUUUGAUCGUCUGUUUUUCCGAGGUGCAACAGCUGGUGGACAGAUUAUUCCUCAGAGUUUGGAUUUGAUUGGUCUGGAAAAACUAGAUUGUGGCAGAUUUCCUAGUGAUCACUGGGGACUGUUUUGCAAUUUAGAUGUGAUAUUGUAAGAAGAAAACAUUUCACUUUUCCGAUUUUUAUGUUCUUCAAAAUUUUAAACCAGUUCUAAUGUUAAUUUUGAUUCACAAUCGUGUAAACUAAGCAGUUCAUUUUACUUGUUUGGAGAAUUCUUGCUUAGCAAAGAUGGAACAUUCCAUUUAAAAUAUUAAGAUCCCAUGCAAUGCAGAAGACAUUUUAGUUAAUUUGUGCAUGUGUGGGAGGAAAUUAUUUUAUGUUGUGUAUAUUAUUCAAAAGAAUAGAAUAGUUUACUAAACACAUCAUAAUUUGUUUUUAAUAAAGCAUUCUUGUGAGUCCACUUUAAUGACACUAUGUUUUGGUAGCUGAAAUGGGGAGAUUAUAAAUUCAGGAAGAAAAAGAUAGACUAUAAUUUCAGGACUAUUAAUCCAUUGCUGGGAUAUCCUCUAAUUCCUAGUUCUUCUCAAGAAUCAAGGGUUGCUGUUAGUGAACACCACCCAAACCUGUUCUUCAGUGCUCAGCCCCUAACUUUUCAUGGUCCUACUGCUGCUUAUUUGUUCCCUGAGCUUUCUAACCAGAGGAAAAUCAAAAGCCAAAGAAGCACCUUCUGCAUGACAUACUUCUUCCAGGAGAUGAUAGGACCUGGGGCUAAAAGAAGAGACAACAGUUUUUUUUCAUGGCAGAAAGGUGGUAGGGACACUGAAGGAGAGAGAGCUAAUCUGAGCAAGGGCUGUGUUGCAAAAGAACAGGCCUCUUCUACUUGUAUUUCUGUUUUCAAGCCAAGGCUUCGAUUAGUGGAAUUUAUGGCUCCAGUGUUAACUGUGUUUUCAACAUUUCCAGCUCUCUAAUUAGCCAACUGCUGAUGCUAAUAUAAGAUGUCCUGCUAUACAGAAGCUUAGUAGUUUAUUUCUUAACCUAACCACUAGAUGGAUAUGAAAGGAAUGCAUAUUACAAUUGAAUUGAAUUGAGUACUUUAUUUGGUCAAAUAUGAUUAGACACACAAGGAAGUACAGAAGCAUUUAGUGUACUUGCAAAGCAAUAGAGAGAAGAACAACAAUAGUAAUAAGUAAAAGGGAGAUCUAAACAUAAUAAAAGGAUAAAUAAUACUACAGUCAUACCAUAUGAGUUAAUAUACAUACACAUUAGACAGGACUGUGAGAAUUAGGUGUUCAGCAGAGUAACAGCACAAGGGAAAAAAACUUUCCCUGUGUCUAGUGGUCUUGGCAUGCAAUGCCCUAAAGUGCAUCCCAAGAAACAGUUUAUGUCCAGGAAGGGUCUGUAGAUAUCAUUUCAGGCCUCCUCCUGACCCACACAGUAUACAGGUCUUCUGUGGAAGGUAGACUGGUUGCAAUUCUUUUGCAGUCUUAGCUAUCUGUUGGAAUCUGUACCUGCCUGUUUGGUUGCUGUAUGAAACCAGACAGUUAUAGAAGUACUAAUAACAGGCUCAAUAAUUCCUCUGUAAAACUGUUAGCAGCUCCUGGGGCAGUCUGAAUUUCCUGACUUGAUGCAGGAAGAACAUUCUUCAUUGUGCCUUUUUAAUGAUGGUUCUAAUGUCAAGUGUCCAUUUCAAGUCCUGGGAGUUUAUAGAACCCCAAAACUCAAAGGACGCUACUGCUGCUACUUUGCUGUCAACUAUAAUAAUAUAGUAAUAAUAUAGUAAACCACUCCAUAUUAAGACCACUCCGACUUGCUGGCUUCCUAUUCUGAGCGAUAUAGCACCACCGGUUUUACAACGGAAAGAUGCACUAGUGAGGAUAUACAAAAAAAUUACGAACAGCUCACUCCUACAGGUGCAUGCACUUAUCAGUCAGAAGACUCAAAUCCAGGAAGUCCCCACUGGCACUUGCAGAACAUCUGCCUGACAAUUUUAACUGCUAUUGCCAAUGGAAGCCAAAUGGGUCGCUGAACGCUCAGACAUAAGAAGACAUAAAUGACCAUAAAAAAGGUCAUUUGAACUUUGAACUACCGUGUCAGCAAUGAGCAAUCCUAAAUAGGAUUUGCACUUUACAUGGCAUCUGCUGGGACUCUGUAUAAAUGGGGCAUGGUAUCCUCCCCUCAGUAUGACUAUGGGGUCCUACGUCAAACCAUAGAUCACAGGUGAGGGCAUACAGUGGUCCAAUAUCUAAUUUUUUUUAAUAUAAACGAUGCUGUGCUUCAAUGGUUAUAUGGCCUUGACGUUGGUAUUUCAACAUAGAUUGUUUUAGCAUUUAUAUUUUAUUGUGUUUUACUAAUCUAGAUGAAAUGUUAAUAUAUAUUGCUAGUCUGUGUAUGAUAUGCCAUAUGUUAAAUAAUAAACAAUUGGAAAUCAU